AUGGCAAAGAAUAAGACUCUCUCAAAGGCGAUUAACUCGAUGUUCCAAUGGUACAAAAACGCGAUACGAUGCUACGUCUUCUUGUCAGACGUCUCGGUAUCGACUGCAACAGAGCCAGUCCAACGGAGUGACUGGGAGGCAUCGUUCCGCAAAAAGCUUAUCGCGCCGCCGUCAGUCGAGUUCUUCUCAUGCGAAGGACAGCCCAUAGGCGACAAGGCGUCGCUCGACCAGCUUAUACACGAGAUCACUGGCAUCCCGCUCGCGGCAUUGCGCAAUUACCCCUUAGACCAGUUCACUACAUCCGAGCGAGAGAGAUGGGCCGAGAAUCGCAGAACAACUGAAGAGGAAGAUAUUGUAUACUGCCUGCUUGGGAUUCUUGGUGUUUACAUGCGAACCGCGUACGGUGAAGGACAAGAGAGUGCACGAAGUAGACUACAGGUAGAAGUCGUGGUAGUUGCUAAUGUACCGUCGAUCAUCCCGUUCUUACAAAACCCUCGCUUCGUAGGCCGAGAGUCGCAGCUUGCCGAGCUGGAAGGAAAGCUCUUUAGCAACGAACAGACCACUACUACACUAGCGAUUGUUGGACCUGGUGGAUUAGGCAAGUCGCAGCUCGCGCUCGAGGUUGCACACAAAAUAAGGCAGAACAUGGAUAACUGCUUAGUCUUUUGGAUGGACGAGCUACUGUAUCUGCCUCUAGCGAUCGCGCAAGCAGCAGCGUGCAUAAACGCUAGCGGCAUAAUAGUGCAGAAUUACCAAGCACAGCUAGACGCGUACAAUGAUGCCGCUAUUGACCAUAGCAGCGACUCUCCCACAGAUAAUGAUGACGAAGAGAGAUUAGAUCUUUUAUGGAAAUGUGCCCUGGCUUUGUAUAGUGACGGACGGUAUGAGGAGGCCGAAGAGCUGUUUGUGCAAGUGAUGGAGACGAGCUCGAGGCUGAACGUGCAAGUGAUGGAGACGUUCAAGAGAGUGCUUGGAGAGGAGCAUCAUUCCACGCUGACCAGCAUGGCCAACCUGGCGUCGACGUUUUCGAAUCAAGGCCGGUGGAAUGAGGCCGAAGAGCUGGAGGUGCAACUGAUGGAGACGAGCUUGAGGGUGCUUGGGAAGGAGCAUCCUUCCACGUUGACCAGCAUGAACAACCUGGCGUCGAUGUACAGGAAUCAAGGCCGGUGGAAGGAGGCCGAAGAGCUGGAGGUGCAAGUGAUGGAGACGAGAGAGAGGGUGCUUGGGGAGCAGCAUCCAGACACGCUGACCAGCAUGGCCAACCUGGCGUCGACGUACAAGGAUCAAGGCCGGUGGAAGGAGGCCGAAGAGCUGGAGGUGCAAGUGAUGGAGACGAGAGAGAGGGUGCUUGGGGAGCAGCAUCCAGACACGCUGACCAGCAUGGCCAACCUGGCGUCGACGUACAAGGAUCAAGGCCGGUGGAAGGAGGCCGAAGAGCUGGAGGUGCAAGUGAUGGAGACGAGAGAGAGGGUGCUUGGGGAGCAGCAUCCAGACACGCUGACCAGCAUGGGUAACCUGGCGUCGACGUACAUGAAUCAAGGCCGGUGGAAUGAGGCCGAAGAGCUAGAGGUGCAAGUGAUGGAAACGAGAGAGAGGGUGCUUGGGGAGGAGCAUCCUUCCACGCUGACCAGCAUGGCCAACCUGGCAACGACGUACCUGAAACAAGGUCGGUGGAAGGAGGCUGAAGAGCUGAACGUGCAAGUGAUGGAGACGAGAAAGAGGGAGGCUGAAGAGCUGAACGUGCAAGUGAUGGAGACGAGAAAGAGGGUGCUUGGGGAGCAGCAUCCAGACACGCUGACCAGCAUGGGUAACCUGGCGUCGACGUACAUGAAUCAAGGCAGGUGGAAUGAGGCCGAAGAGCUAGAGGUGCAAGUGAUGGAGACGAGAGAGAGGGUGCUUGGGGAGGAGCAUCCUUCCACGCUGACCAGCAUGGCCAACCUGGCGUCGACGUUUUCGAAUCAAGGCCGGUGGAAUAAGGCCGAAGAGCUGGAGUGCCAAGCCCGUCACAAGGACGCUCUUGUACUGAUGGAAAGAUGCUUCCGCCUGAGCCAGCAGGUCCUUGGCAAGCAACAUCCUGAUACACAGUCGUCGCUGGGCACGUUGGCGAGCUGGCGAGCGGAUUGUAGUGACGAAAAUUCGUGA